AUGGAGAUCGAACCGACGGACGACGUGUACUUCACCUUUGAAGGCCGUCUGGCCUCCUUUCAGAAGACCAAGAAGCGCGGCUCGACCGCCAAGGGAGCGCGGGCGUUGAACUGGCCUCAUAAGAAGAUCGACCCAGAACAGCUCGCUCGCGCUGGGUUUUUCUUCCAACCAUGGCCCGAGAACCCCGACAAUGUCGCAUGCUACCUCUGCCACAAGUCCAUGGAUGGCUGGGAAGAGGGCGACGACCCGCUCAUUGAGCAUCUCAAGCACUCCACGUCGUGCGGCUGGGCGAUAUGCGCAGCGGUGGAAAGCGAGGUGGAGGGAUUCGCGCAAGCGCACCCUGCAGAGAAGGACAUGGUGGAGGCUCGAAAAGCGACAUUUGCUGGGCGGUGGCCACACGACGCAAAGAGGGGCUGGAAGUGCAAGACGAAGCAGCCAUGCCAAUAUGCUGACAAUGGCAGCGACGAGCACUACAACCGAUCACCGCACUGUCCCUUCUUUGCCUUGUCGGCACUGCCGAAGCCAAAGGCCUCCCGUGCAAAGACUGCCCGAGGAUCCAAGGUGUCCCGGCUCUCUACGCAAUCUAUCGCGACCUUCACCUCUGAGGCUCCUUCACUGGCCGAAACGACAUUUGCCACGGCAGUUGGUAACGACACUGUGCUAUCGACGACGUCUACAAUGGCAACGAAGAAGGGCCGUGCGCCCAAGGCGGCCACAACGGCCAAGGGGAAGAAGAGCAAAGCAAAGAAGGGUGAGCCUGCACCGGAACCAGAAGAACAGGUCCCAUUCGAAGAGGUCCAGCUCGAGGCAGAUCGAGAAGUGACCCCAGAAGCUCCGCCCCCCAAAAAGGCCACUCGCGGAAAGAAGCGUGGCAGUGAAGCUGUAAACGACUCUAUCUUGACUGUAACCUCGGAAGUGCCCGCGCGGAAGAAGAGAGCCACCACGACGCAUGGCAGCGUGGCUGUCGACAGCUCUGUUGCUGAAGCGACGGAUGACUCGCAGAUGACGGACGUACCGGCGCCAGCGCUUAAGAAAAGGACUACAGCUAAGAAGGGACGCGCAUCCGCAGCCAAGUCACGGAAGGCUUCACAGUCGAAACCCCUGGCGGUAGCGGAGUCUCCUGCCCAAGAGCCUCCGGUGAUGUUUCCCGACGAUGACGAAAUUGAGAGACAGCUUGAAGCCGACCUUGAGCGCCCUCUGACUGACGAUGAUGACAUUACCGCCGACUCAGAUUCGGAAAGGAGGAAAGCCAAGGCAAAAUCCAACCAGGCCAAGGCGGCAGGGCAAGAAAAAUCCGCCGACUACGCCAUGUUUGAUCCCUCACCGCCGGAGGAGCUUCAAGAAGCGGAGGUCGACGCCGAGCUGGAAGCCCUGCGCAACGAGAUGGAAGUAGAACCGGUGGAGUCCCAGAUCCCGCCCGGAUCCUACUCUGACUUGGACCGCGAACCGGCUGUGCCAGAGGAGCCGGAACAGCUGACGGUUCCCAAAAAGGGUCGCAAGGCUGGCACAACGAAAGCAUCAAAACAGACCAAAACGAAAAAGGCAAAAGUUGUUACAGCACCCGUGGCAGAAGAGCCCGAACCAGAACCUGAGCACGGAUCUGAGCUUGAGCCUGAAAUUGAACCUCAUGAUAUCGAGGCUCCUGGUGCGAGAAACGAGAGUAUUGGCAGCACAGACACCGUGGUCAAGAACACAGAGGUGGAAAUCGAGGAGGAAUCUGAUGGGCGCCCAUCAUUCCACUCCGCCGCCUCUCGGAAAUCGACCACGGCGGAGAAGCUUGUGGAAGAGCCUGUGGUCAAGAAGAAGCCUCGGGGUCGGCCCUCGAAGGCAUCGCUCGCAUCGCAAAAAUCAGUGGAGUUUGUAGACGUGCCGAUCGAAGCUCCAGAACCCAUUGCUGAGCCCACUGCCAACAUCAAGAAGAAGCUCACGAAGAAGGCUGCACCAGCCCCCGAGUCAGCUCCAGAAGCAGCCAGUGAUGAGAUCGAAUUUCUUGAACCUCCUUCAGCAGCACCACAGCCAGCCAAGCGCUCCCGCGGUCGGCCCUCGAAAGCCUCCCUUGGAGCUCAAGCCCCCGUCGAGAGCACUAAGCCGGCGGAUGAUCCGGUCGUGGUGGUCGAGGCGGUGCAAAAGCCAGCUAAGAAGGGUCGUGGUCGGCCAUCGAAGGCGUCCACUGAGGCCCUGGGAGAGCCAGCAGAGGCAGAUGAACCCAAGGUCGAGCAUGUCGCGCCGGUGGAAGCCCCGGCGCCUGCGAAGCGCGGCCGAGGACGUCCGUCCAAAGCAGUCCAGGAGGCAUCUGCCGCUGCCGCUGCCGCUGCCGCUGCCAGCUCACAGCCUCAGCCUCAGCCGGCGGAGCAAGCACCCAAACGCGGGCGUGGAAGACCACCCAAGAAGUCAUCCAUUGAAAGCAAGCCCGAAGAGGUGGAGGCUCAACUCCAACAGGAGGCCAUGGAUGCUGAGGCGAGGCAAGUUCAUCCGUCACAAGAUGACGACUUGGAGAUACUGGAGGACGAGCCUGACCUGCCGCCUACCCAGGAGGCAGUCACUUUACCGUCAUCUCCGCCAGGCAGGCAGGCAGCCCACCCACCUUCGACGCCAGGCCUUAGUGCUACGUCGGCGCGUCAGGCCGGUCUAUCCCCCUCGCAAUCACCCCAGUCGUCCGAUGCCGAAAACCAGCCGCCUAGCUCGAGACCCACGGGCAGCGUCACCACCCAGCGGGUUGCGCUGGCGCCCAUGGCGGCCACACCGACGCGGCUCUCCCCAUCGAAGCGAAACAUCUUGUCCAACCUGCAAAGUAAGACGCCGUGGAAGGCCGUCGACCUCGAUGCCGUCCUCGAGUCACCUCUCAAGGGAAGUGCCCACCCAGACGAGAACACGGUGGAUCGCCUCCUGCGCAAAGGCGGCGACCUGACAGCGAAGGAGAAGGGUAUGACGGUGGAGGAAUGGGUCCACUACAAUGCCAGCCUGGCGGAGGAUAUGCUCAAGGGCCAGUGUGAGAAGAUGGUGAGCCGCUUUGAGAGUGAAGGUGGGCGCGCAAUGAAUGUUCUCGAGAACAUUGAGGUGGAAUAG